AUGUCUCUUCUUCCUUCUUCCAUCCUUCCCCUACUUCUCCUCUGCCUCCUCAUAACCCCAUCCAUCGCAUUUCCCAAACGAAAACCAGCCCAACAACAGCACAGCUUCCUCCAAUGCCUCUCCGAUCACAGCGAAACCACCGCCAUCCCCUUCUCCCGAACCUUCUUCACCCCUGACAGCUCCAACUUCUCCACCGUCCUCAAUUCCACCGCUCAAAACCUCCGCUACCUCCUCCCUUCCGUCCUCAAGCCCGUCUUCAUCUUCACACCACUCCAAGUCUCCCACAUUCAGGCCGCCGUCAUCUGCUCCAAGAAGCUCAACAUCAACCUCAGAAUCCGCAGCGGCGGCCACGACUACGAGGGCCUCUCUUACGCCUCCAAGACAGAGUCUUCUUUCCUCAUCCUCGACCUCUCCAAGCUCCGCGCCGUCUACGACAUCGACAUCACUUCUAAAACCGCCUGGGUCCAGGCCGGCGCCACCAUCGGCGAGGCCUACUACCGGAUUGCCGAGAAAUCCCGCACUCACGGCUUCCCCGCCGGGCUCUACACCAGCCUCGGCGUUGGCGGACACAUCACAGGCGGGGCUUACGGCGGCAUGAUGCGGAAAUACGGACUGGGAGCCGACAAUGUCGUCGACGCCCUCAUCGUCGACGCCAAGGGGAAGCUCCUCGACCGCAAGGCAAUGGGGGAGGACGUCUUCUGGGCGAUCCGCGGGGGCGCCGGGGGAAGCUUCGGAGUGAUCGUUGCCUGGAAAUUGAAAUUGGUCGCUGUUCCGGCUACCGUCACGGUUUUCACCGUUCCCAAGACCCUCCAAACUGGCGCGACGAAAAUUUUGUACAAGUGGCAGCAGGUCGCCGACAAGCUCGACGACGAUCUGUUCAUCCGAGUGAUAAUCACCACUGGGCGGAUCGGCAACACAACCGAGCGAACCGUCACGACUAUGUACCAGGCUCUAUUUUUGGGCGAUUCCGAGAGACUCCUCAAAAUUAUGGGCGCCAGUUUCCCCGAAUUAGGUCUCACCAAGUCGGAUUGUUUAGAAACGAGCUGGAUCCAGUCCGUGGUUUACCAGGCCGGAUUCCCAACCGGCACCGCACCGGAGGUCCUGCUUCAGGGGCAGUCUCUGUUCAAGACUUACUUCAAAGCAAAGUCCGAUUUCGUGAGGGAUCCGAUUCCAGAGACGGGUCUGGAAGGAAUUUGGAAGAGAUUCCUCCAAGAGGACAGUCCAUUUACGAUCUGGAACCCAUUGGGCGGGCAAAUGGCGAGGAUUUCAGAAUCCGCGAUCCCGUUCCCCCACCGGAAGGGGAACGCGUUCAUGAUCCAGUGGCUGACGUAUUGGCAGGACGGAGAGAGCAGCGCGGCGAAACACAUGGACUGGAUGAGGAAGCUGCACAACUACAUGACUCCCUACGUGUCGAUGAUGCCCAGAGCUUCGUACGUGAACUACAGGGACCUGGAUCUGGGGAUGAACAAGGGCGGGAACACCAGCUUCAUUGAAGCCAGUGCAUGGGGGACGAGUUACUUCAAGGGGAACUUCAACAAAUUGGUGCAGAUCAAGACCAAGUUCGAUCCCGAGAACUUCUUCAGGCACGAGCAGAGCAUCCCGCCGCUAUCUCUCUCUUCUUUAAUAUUUCCAUUUCUUUUAUCUUUUUUUUUUGCUUUAAUAAUAGGUUACAUGUUGAUAAACUUAACCAAACACACAUAA